AUGCACGGCCUCAAACAACUCACAGUCCUGAGCCUGAUGCUUCUCUCCGUCACUGCUAAGGAGGCUGCAAAGAGGACCAUGGUUGGUAUCGAGACUGAAAAGGGCAGCUAUGGGAAAGAUGUGGAACUAGAAGACUGUGUCGAGCUUGACGAGGAGGAGGUUUACACUAUCUCCAUCAAAAAGCAUUGUCGCGUAUUCACUGGCCCUCUAUGCACCGGUCGAAACACCCUCCUCAGCCCUGGCGACCACUCCAACGCUGAACCUGUCCCGAUUACAUCGAUCUACUGCCAUGCAAAGGCGCCUUUCUAA